AUGGUUGAUGCUUCGACCGUUGCCGUAGGAGCAGUCCUCCAACAGCAUAUCAACGACUCGACACGACCGUUGGCAUUCUUCUCCAAGAAGCUUUCACCUGCCGAGACGAGAUAUAGCACGUUUGGCCGUGAACUUCUCGCCAUUUACCUAGCCGUAAAACAUUUCCAACACUUCCUUGAGGGUCGUGACUUCACAAUUUUCACAGACCACAAACCACUUACAUUUGCCAUCCGAUCCCAUUCUGACAAAUAUAACCCGAGAGAGAUUUCUCAUUUGGAUUACAUCUCGCAAUUCACCACCGACAUCCGCCACAUUGAUGGCCCGAAGAAUGCGGUGGCCGACAUGCUGUCCAGACCUUCCUUCUCGGCGUUUCACCUCUCACACGGGAUUGAUCUUGGUGCUAUGGCGGCUAAACAACGACGUGUUGGAUGCCCUGGCGACGAGUCUGUUGACAGUCUUCAGUUAUUAGAAGAAGAAAAUUGGCCCUCCGGAACAGGUUUAUUUAACUGCUGACGUUUCAAAGAGCUGGGUCGGCUCUUCAUUGUCAAAGCGUAAACUGCACCUAAUCGAUCAGAAAGUUAACUUAAAGUGGCAAGCUGUGUUGGCCGGCCUCAUGCUGAUCGAUUUUUCUCUCUCCUCACGCUGCGUCGGCCUCUCAGGAAAUGGUUGACGGGCGUUUUUGCCUGUGCGCUUUAUGAGUCACCACUCCGUCGAGGGGAGCUGAUUGGACUUUAGUCGGGCGGUCGCUCUGGCGGUUCUUGUUCUUCCUCACCGAGUAAGCUCAGCGUCGGGCUAUCUCCGUGCUGUCUUCUUAUGUCCGGUGUGGUUGUUUGGUCCUGAGCUCUACGGUUAUUUGACGUCCCAUUGACCACCGGCACUUGCACAAUCCUUUGUGACGUAUCGACUCCUGCCUCGUUGCGUCGAGCUGUUUUUCAAACUCUCCACGGACUCUCCCAUCCUGGGAUUCGAGCCUCACAGAAGCUCCUCGCGGAAAGAUUCGUAUGGCCUGGGUUGAACAAGGAUGUGAAAGCCUGGACACGAUCGUGCAUUUGCUGUCAACGUAACAAGGUUCAACGCCACAACAAGUCUCCAUCGGGCACGUUCCCCAGCCCCGACGCACGGUUCAACCAUGUGCAUUUAGAUGUCGUAGGUCCUUUACUUCCAUCCAAUGGCUAUACUCACCUUCUCACCUGCGUUGAUCGCUAUACUCGUUGGCCGGAAGCCAUUCCUUUACCGAAUGUGCAAGCUGAGACCAUUGUGAAAGCCUUCGUCAGUCGUUGGGUCGCCAUAUUCGGUGCGCCAUCCAUGAUUACGACUGAUCGAGGCGCACAGUUUGAGUCCACACUUUUCCUAACUCUCCUCAACUUCCUUGGCUGCACACGUAUCCGGACGACGGCCUACCACCCAGCUGCCAACGGCAUGGUUGAGCGUUUCCACCGCCAGCUAAAAACUGCACUGCGUGCCGCAGGAGAUCCCGAAAACUUGUCAGACAAUGUACCCGUUGCACUUCUUGGCAUUCGUGCGGCACUGAAGUCAGACUUGGACUGCAGCGCAGCCGAAUUGGUUUUCGGUACUACCCUACGACUCCCUGGUGAGAUGGUCACCCCAACCUCUCGUGGUGCCGAAGAGACCCCCGAAAAUUUUGUGCAUCGUCUGCGACAAUUCAUGCGCUCGCUUUCCCCGGUUCCACCUCGAGCUCCAUCGACCGAGCCUUAG